AUGUCAAAUAAUAGACCUGACCUCAAGAGAGAAGGUACUUUGCCAAGUCCAGAGGAAGGAGAAGUUAACAGAACAGCGUGCUUAAAGUUUCUAAAUCCAUGCUAUAAACAACUACCAAUUCAAAUAAAGAACUGCGGAACCUUUUUUGUUUAUCACCUAACACCAGGGCCGGACGAUUCAGGAUUUUGCUUUGGGAUUGAAAAACCAGAACCUCCGCGAACUCCAGGAGAACAUACGGAAAACGUUCCGAACGCCACUUUAACGAUCCAGCGAAGCAGCAUAACGUCUAACAGUUUCAUCGCUGCAAUUAACGUCACUUCGGGUGAUGACAUCCUUAAUGUCUCAGCUGAAUUAGUUCUCGCAAAUGGAUCUGUGCUUCAAUCUGCUAAAGUUACCCAGCCUUCACUAGAUUACAAAUGGGAAAAUCUCAGCCCUUCGACUAAUUACACAGUCCGGCUAUAUACCUUCAUCAAUGGAGAAAAGAGUGUCCUUGCAACAUCAUGGGCCGUCACGGGACCUCCAGGAGAACGCGUUGAGAAAAUAUAUAACGCCACACUUACGAUUUCGCAAGGCUCCAUAACGCCGAGUAGUUUCAUCACUGCAAUCAACGUUAGUGCUGAUGGUGAAAUGCUUAAUGUCACAGCAGAAGUAGUUCUCUCCGAUGGCUCUGUGCUUCAAACAAUUGAAAUAAACAUGCCUUUAUUAGAGUAUAAAUGGGAAAAUCUCAACCCAUCAACUAAUUACACAGUUCGAUUAUAUACAUUCAGCAAUAGAAAAAAGAGGAUUCUUGCGACAUUGUGGACAGUUACGAAAGCAGCUUAUCGCCCAGCUUCGGCUAAUAUUAAUCUGUUGCGAGCAGACAUUACAAAUCAUAGCUUUACAAGCAUCAUAACAUACGACCAUGGCAGCGAAAAUUUGACAGGGGAAGGAACGCUCCUUCUGCAAGAUGGUAGGGUGAUUCGCUCAUUUUCUGUGGACAAACCGUCACUGAAGAAAACCUUUCAAGGUUUGAAUAUUGGCACUAAGUACAUUGUCGUGGUACAUACAUCUCAACAUGGACAACGCACUGAACUGGACCGACAAUGGGUUUUCACACAGCCAGGAAUAGAAGCUUAUCUACAGCCGGUGCCGACAGGAAACGCAAAAUUAAGCUCUACAGCCUUUCGUUGCAUGUUUCAUACUUCACCAGAAGUUGCGUACAGUGUUCGCUGGAUGGUACAGAGAGAUGAACGAAACUACACAAUAGUUAAGACUGGUGAAGAGAAACAUGAAAAUUACAGUCUGUCUUUAACAGAGGAGGAUCUUGUGAAAAAUCAUAUCUCCUUACCCUUCCACAUUUCGUGUGCUAUAGCUGGAAACCAAGAUACAACGCCGAAAACAAGUUUUUCUGUGUCGUCCAACAAUCUAUUUGCUGGUAUCACGAUACUGACACCACACGUGACUAUGCAUAGGGACGAAACUGCCGUCAUUCGAUUUACACCUACAGUUCCAUAUGGUUGCUACAACUCACAGAACGCUAAUAACGACUGCAAAUUAACAUUGGCUAUCACUGUACCCGUCAGUAAAAAUUGUACAGGUAUUUCAACAAGAAAAUGUACAAUCAGUAUAUCGGGGGACGAAGGUAUCGAGCAUGAUCUUCAAAUACAAGCCACUGAAGACGGCCAGUACGGCAUGCUGGAGAAGACAACAUAUAAAGUCAUUUUGAGAACGGCUAAUCUUAAAAACGAUACAUUUUGGAAUGGUUACGUCCUACCCGCUGUAACGGUUAUUGUUAAGCCAGAAAUUGAAACAUAUUGGAGAGGUAAAAGAUGCGAAGCCUUGAAUGAUCCGCAUAUGUAUACAUUUGAUGGCGUACAUUACGAGCAUCACGAAAGUUUCUCAGAUGAGUAUGUACUGUAUACCCACACAUCCUACCGAGCAAAGGUUCAUCAUAAAUUGGAACGUUGUAACUCGAACGCAAUGUGUAACUGUGGAAUUGCUGUGCAGGCUGGUAGAGAUAUUUACGUAAUAAGCACGUGCAAUAAUAUCAUGGAAAUCGGAUAUAAACAAUGUGAUGAUGGUGUUCUUCUUGUUAGACAAGAAACAGACUCUACGUAUACGAUUUAUUUACCAUAUGGAACAUACGUAAAAGCACGCCUCGACAAAUCUCCAUAUUUCAACUCAGUUGGAAGCAUGAUAGUUUCGGUGUCCUUGUAUCCUUCCGUUCACGAUCAGCAUGGCCGCAGUAAGGGGUUGUGCGGUUCACUUGAUAACAACCGCACAAAUGACUUUCAUGACCGCACCGGACAUAUCAAUUUUAAUAGAACUGAGUUUAUUCAAACUUGGAGAGUUUCAAAAGAAGAAAGCUUAUUCAACUUAAGCGCUAAAUCAACAGCCUCGUGGGUGCAUCCUGCUUGCACAUGUAGUGUAUCAAGUGGCCAAGUAACAACCAAGGAAAAAUGUCACCUAGGAGCAGAUAACACAUGUGCAAAAGGAAGAACGGUCGGGGAACAGACAUGCAAACUCGCUGAAAAGAUAUCUGUCGAGAGUACUGAGAAACAUACUGUUCCAGUUCUAGAUCUGAGCAAAGACGGCAAUCAUAAAGAUGGCGUAACUACCACGAAAGGACCCGAAGUGACUAACACGAAGCCCACAACAAAGAAGGAAGCACAGGUUUCACAGACAACAACAUCCAACCCUAGCAAACACUGGAAUCACAAUAAAGCUAAAACUUUUUGCACAACUUACAUGAAUAGUUCAAGGGCAUUCCGACUUUGUGCACGGGUUCCCCACACAGACACCGAGCGGGCUAUUGAAACAUGUACACAGGAUAUUGUUAUAACACAGACAACGGAGUGGCACAGGCUAUCACGACAGUCUAUGCAAGACUCGUGUAUAUCUGAAAUACAUAGAAACAAAACAGUCCGAGAAGAUUUAGAACGCCCAAGGCAAACGAUUUCCACAACAACGACACCUAGUGGUCAACCCAUUGGCCAAGUCACAACACCUCAUCCAACCGAUGAGUUCAAAGAUUCAAAUCUAAAUAUUAUUGAGAUCGUAGACGCGAUAGAAGAAAUUGCCUGUCCAAAUGAAUGUUCAGAUCAUGGCACAUGCAAAAACGGUACCUGUAAAUGUUAUGUUGGAUUUGGUGGUGAUGAUUGCUCAAUUGAUUUUAAAAAGCCGCCAUCUACUUCAAGUUUACUUCACGGAAGUACCUGCGAUGAGAAAGAAGCAAAAUGCACGCAUGUGUUUAUCUACGGAGGAUUUUUUGCAAGUGAAUCUGUGACUUGUCACAUCACAACGUUUGAGACUCAUGCCAAUAAAGAGGGUCGGCUGAACAUGGAUGCAUACACCAUACGAGGACAAGCACAAUCGUUAAUUGAAGUGAUUUGUUCUCUUGUGUCGCCUAUCAGAAGGAAACGAUCUCUUCCUGACACCCAAGAAGUAAAGUUGAUGUCUUGCUAUAGGGUUUCUGUGAGCAAUGAUGGCAUACAUCAUGGGACACCUCUUGAAAUGUGUGUUUACAAUUCAGAAUGUCAAACCUUUUCAAACAGCAGUAGCGGCAUGCUUACAGCCAACAUAAAGAAAGAAUAUUGCUUUAUUGAUGGACUCUGUGUACCUAAUCGAAAACAAAAGCCAUCCACAGAAAUGUACUGUCUACCAGAAAUUUCGCUUUAUAGUUGGUCAGCAUUGCCUACGUCAACACAGACAUCUAUAACAACAACAACAUCUGUUCUCGUUACUUAUCUCGUCAACUCCAAAUCAAAUUGGCAGACUCCAGUGAUCGUUGCUGUUGUAUGCAUUUGUACAAUCUGCGUAAUUGUCAGUCUUGUGGUCUGCAUACGAAAGCGAAAACGAAGAAAGACCGAGGACAAAAAGAAACAGAAGGGCGAACUGAAAGUAAAUUUCAAACACGAUGCAGACUUUGAUGAAGAGACGUAUGCCUAUAUAAACCCGACUGAUGUAAGCGACAAUGUACCUUACGAGAAAACCUCGAAACGGACCACUGCUGUUACCGACGACUAUUUGCGUUUAGACAAAUCAAAGCAAGAAAAGACCCAGUACGCAAAGUUAAAUGCGAGAAACAAUAGAGGAGGAGGGGAUGGACCAGUAUUGCCUGAAAGACCUAAUGACAAUGUUCGAGAUCCAUACGAGAAACUUCGUUCUACAAAUCAAAAGCAAGGGGUUUAUGACAAAAUUCAAAACGAAUACCGAUAUCGACACACUGAUACCAAUGGAAUGCACUCUGAUCCAUAUACGAGACUGAGUAACGAAACACACAUGGGAAACGAAUCUUUCCAGUUGGAAGGUAUUCAAGAGGAUUAUCUCAUUCCUACGGAAGUAAAUGACGAGAGAAAUAAAGAACCUCCAAGAAAAUUGUUUAUAGUACGGAAGAGAGAAGAGGAUAUCCCAGAGGGGUAUGAAAGGCCAGAUCCGCAAUUAUACAAACAAUACUAAUAGUAUGAAUGUGGGAUGAUAUAUACAUAUAUAUAUAUAUAUAUAGAGAGAGAGAGAGAGAGAGAGAGAGAGAGAUUGUAUAUAAUAUUCUUCACAUCAAUUAAUAUGCAGGAUCAUGUUUAAGGUAUGAAAACAAAAAUAAUCAUGUUUAUCAGGGUUUUUUUGGACGUUUGGACCUUUUAUGAACAGCAAAUAUACAGCAUCUUCUACUCUUUCUUGUUUACGCAGAUAUCAUUCUGCUGAUUUAUCACACACCAUGUUCUCUUAUGGCGCGGUUGACUUAGUUCUGUUGAUGUAAUUUAUCUAUUUAUGAAACUUUUAUUUCACCUUUCGUUUAAAUUCAUCACGAAAUAAUUAAUAGUAUUUUAAAACGUCUGUUACAUUGCAUGGUAUAGCGCAAAUAUCAGCAAAUUCAAUCUUUCACGCUAAUGGAAGUGCUGUUUCGAAAUGAGACAAAAAUGCAAGAAAUUCAAAUCAUCAUGAUCAUCUCAAGUCAUGCAAUAUAGCUCUGUAAAAACUAUAUAACAUCUGCUACAUCUCUGCCGUACAAGGCAAGAAGCUGUCAAUAUGUAUACAGUAACAUUUACGAUACAUAAGGUCGUGAAUUUUCAAUUAAUUUAUAACAUUUGAAUCAGCAGUUUUUCUACCCUCUCGAUUGCGAGAGCAAAAGAAUGUGCAGGGCAUAUAUGUUAAUUGAACGUCGUGCUAUGUUUGGGGCUUUUAUGUAAACAGUAAACAAACGCUACAGUCUGAUUCGAUUGCGCUAUAAUUUAACGUUCCUGUAUUUCCUUUUCUGCAUUUUCUGUAUACAAUAUAGGACAUUAAAGUGAAAAUUGAAAUAAAAUGUAAACCAUUU